GCCUUAUCCCUUUCCUUCCGGCCACCAUCGUCUCUGUUCUAGGGUUAGGGUUAGGGUUAGGGUUAGGGUUUUUGGCAAAGGUUUCAUCCAUGGCGGCCUAUUCAGCAACCCAAAUCCAUGCCCUUGGCUCAUCCCCCGCCUUCUCCUCCCGCAACACCGGCAUCUCCUCCUCCCGUUCCAUUUUCUUCGGCCUACGAAGCCCCUCGCUGUUCCCUCGAGUCCCUUCGCUUCGUAUCAAGUCCCACCGUGGCCCCAUCCGCAUAGCUGCGGAGAAGGUGGUGGGGAUCGACCUCGGGACUACUAACUCCGCCGUGGCAGCGAUGGAGGGCGGCAAGCCCACUAUUGUUACCAACGCUGAGGGGCAGAGGACGACGCCUUCGGUCGUGGCGUAUACGAAGACUGGGGACCGGCUUGUUGGGCAAAUUGCGAAGCGGCAGGCUGUGGUUAACCCUGAGAACACGUUCUUCUCCGUGAAGAGAUUCAUUGGGAGGAAGAUGUCGGAGGUGGAUGACGAAUCGAAGCAGGUUUCUUAUCGGGUUGUGAGGGAUGAGAAUGGGAAUGUGAAGCUUGAGUGCCCGGCCAUUGGGAAGCAGUUUGCCGCCGAGGAGAUCUCUGCUCAGGUAUUGAGAAAGCUUGUGGAUGAUGCUUCUAAGUUUUUGAAUGACAAAGUGACAAAAGCUGUAGUCACAGUCCCUGCAUACUUUAAUGACUCACAAAGGACGGCAACAAAGGAUGCUGGUCGGAUUGCAGGUUUAGAAGUUCUUCGUAUCAUCAAUGAACCCACAGCUGCGUCUCUAGCAUAUGGAUUUGAAAAGAAAAACAAUGAAACUAUCCUUGUAUUUGACUUGGGUGGUGGUACAUUUGAUGUUUCAGUUCUUGAAGUUGGAGAUGGAGUGUUUGAGGUUCUUUCUACUUCUGGAGAUACUCAUCUUGGCGGUGAUGACUUUGACAAGAGAGUUGUGGAUUGGCUUGCAGGAAACUUUAAGAGAGAUGAAGGCAUUGAUCUUCUGAAAGAUAAGCAAGCCCUUCAGCGGCUCACUGAGACAGCAGAGAAGGCAAAGAUGGAACUAUCAUCAUUGACUCAGACAAACAUUAGUUUGCCAUUUAUUACUGCAACUGCUGAAGGCCCCAAACACAUUGAGACAACCAUAACAAGAGCCAAGUUUGAGGAGUUGUGUUCAGACCUUCUUGACAGGCUAAAAACUCCUGUAGAGAAUUCCUUGAGAGAUGCAAAGCUUUCAUAUAAAGAUUUAGACGAGGUGAUUCUUGUGGGUGGAUCAACCCGAAUUCCAGCUGUUCAAGAACUUGUGAAGAAGAUGACCGGAAAAGACCCUAAUGUUACUGUCAAUCCUGAUGAGGUUGUUGCCCUUGGAGCUGCAGUUCAGGCGGGAGUGUUGGCUGGAGAUGUGAGUGACAUUGUUCUGCUAGAUGUUACACCAUUAUCUAUUGGUUUGGAAACCUUGGGUGGGGUGAUGACAAAGAUCAUCCCAAGGAAUACAACACUGCCUACAUCCAAAUCAGAGGUCUUUUCUACAGCUGCAGAUGGGCAGACAAGUGUUGAGAUUAAUGUUCUUCAGGGUGAAAGAGAAUUUGUGAGAGACAAUAAAUCACUUGGAAGUUUCCGUCUAGAUGGAAUUCCUCCAGCCCCUCGGGGAGUCCCACAGAUUGAGGUCAAGUUUGACAUUGAUGCCAAUGGUAUUCUUUCGGUUACAGCUGUGGACAAGGGUACCGGGAAGAAACAAGACAUCACAAUUACUGGGGCCAGCACGUUGCCCAGUGAUGAGGUGGAGAAGAUGGUGCAGGAAGCUGAGCGGUUCGCAAAGGAGGACAAAGAGAAGAGGGAUGCCAUAGACACAAAGAACCAGGCAGAUUCAGUUGUAUACCAGACUGAAAAACAAUUGAAGGAGUUAGGUGACAAAGUGCCUGCUCCUGUCAAAGAGAAGGUGGAGGCCAAACUAGGAGAGCUUAAAGAUGCCAUUUCGGGUGGAUCAACACAAGCCAUGAAGGAUGCCAUGGCGGCCCUUAACCAAGAGGUGAUGCAGUUGGGUCAGUCUCUCUACAACCAGCCUGGUGGACCUGGAGCUGGGGCCGCGCCAGGACCUGAUGCUGCUCCAGAAGGUGGCUCUCCAAACAAGGGACCAGACACCGGCGAUGUCAUUGAUGCCGAUUUUACAGAUACCAAGUGAAAAGAUAAGACAGCAGCCACCUUUAAGUGAUUGUUUUCGGCUUCAAGUCCUAAAUGGGACUUGAAAGAGGGGCAUUGGGGGUUUUGGAGUUGGAGCUUAGAAGAAGGCAUUGAUUAAUGUUUUCACAAACACAAUGCCAUAAUAUAGGUGUAGAAGAGAACUGAACUAUUUUUUUCUAUUGAGUUAUUUUGCAAUUCCCCCUCCCUCCUAUUUUACUGAAUAAUUUUAAGUAUUGAAUUAAUCCAAUGGCAACUUAUACAGAUGUUGGUGUCUGUGUUCAUACUGAA